CCCUGACGCUGGUAUUUCCCCGUGCCAACCCAAGCCCCCGAGCCCUUCACCUUGGCAGUCUGGUACCCGGGGUACCACUGGCAUAUUCUCUUCCCGGUCUUGGCGAGAGGGCAAGAAACAGGCGACCGACCGGCCAAAACAAGCUCGCUCGGCGCUGCUUCCGAAUCUGACCCCGUCGGCUCCUCCUCAUCCAGGGAUCAGAGGGGAGGAAGAAGGGGGACGCCUCGCCAUGAAGGCGCUCAUCCUCGUCGGGGGCUUCGGGACCCGCCUCCGGCCUCUCACGCUCAGCUUCCCCAAGCCCCUCGUCGAUUUCGCCAACAAGCCCAUGAUUCUGCACCAGAUUGAAGCCUUGAAAGAUGUCGGUGUUACAGAGGUUAUUUUAGCCAUCAACUACCGCCCAGAGGUCAUGAUUAAUUUCUUGAAGGAUUUUGAGGAUAAGCUUGGCAUCACAAUCACAUGCUCCCAAGAGACUGAACCCUUGGGAACUGCUGGCCCUCUUGCCCUGGCAAGGGACAAGCUCGUGGAUGGAUCUGGUGAGCCGUUCUUUGUCCUCAACAGUGAUGUCAUAAGUGAAUACCCAUUUGCCGAGCUCAUACAGUUUCACAAGAGCCAUGGCGGUGAGGCAACAAUUAUGGUCACUAAGGUGGAUGAACCUUCGAAAUAUGGAGUUGUGGUUAUGGAGGACACAACUGGAGUUGUGGAAAGAUUUGUAGAGAAGCCAAAAAUAUUUGUAGGCAACAAGAUCAAUGCUGGAAUUUACCUGUUAAAUCCGUCUGUCCUGGACCGCAUCGAGUUAAAGCCAACUUCAAUCGAGAAAGAGGUCUUUCCGCGAAUUGCUGCUGAUCAGAAGCUCUACGCCAUGGUUCUUCCAGGUUUUUGGAUGGAUAUUGGCCAGCCAAGGGACUACAUUACUGGCUUGCGUCUUUAUCUAGAUUCACUCAGGAAGAAGUCAGCUGCCAAGCUGGCCGCCGGAGCACAUAUUGUGGGGAACGUCCUGGUGCACGACAGCGCCAAGAUUGGGGAGGGUUGCCUGAUUGGUCCUGAUGUCGCUAUUGGACCUGGAUGCGUCGUGGAGGAUGGUGUGAGGCUCUCCCGAUGCACGGUGAUGCGUGGUGUGCGCAUUAAGAAGCAUGCGUGCAUCUCAAACAGCAUUAUCGGCUGGCAUUCGACGGUCGGACAAUGGGCACGCAUAGAGAAUAUGACGAUCCUGGGAGAAGAUGUACAUGUAGGUGACGAGGUCUACAGCAAUGGCGGUGUUGUUCUCCCGCACAAAGAGAUCAAGUCAAGCAUCCUGAAGCCUGAGAUCGUCAUGUGAGCUCACCGCUCACAAGUGCUUUUAGGAACGAUGUUGUGCGUUCUAGUGCAUACUGUAAACAGCUUAAUAUAUGUGGAACUUGUGAGACUUGUUAAACUGAUGAGAAUGUAUGUGCAUUGUCAUUUCCAGUGUUGUUUCCCAUGAA